UCUCAAACACUCACAUACGAGCAUUCAAGGCAUCACCAUGGUUCGUCCCAGCAGACGGAAAUUACGCUUAACACAGGCGGCCAAUGGUGGAUCAAGAGGGAGAAAAUGUACCCUACCUUCACUGCACACAUUUGUCACUAUGGCACUGUUUGCGGUUGUGUUCGUUCAACAGCUUCAGCAUCGAGGCCAGAUUGCACCGCCUGCAACUGUGACAUCAGCAGCAACUUCUGCAUCACCGGCAACUACUUCUACUGUGGCAACUGCUACCGCAGCUAUGGCUACUACCGCGUCCCAGAAUUGGUGGGAAAAGCCACAACCGCUGCUGUCGGAUUGGCCUGAUUUACUGGCACGAACUGACAUGCAUAAACAUCUAGAGCUCCUCAAAUUAAAGCGAGGUGCUGAAGUUGGUGUUCAACGAGGACUAUUGGCUCGAAGGACUUUGGAAACUUGGAAAUCAUGCGAAAAGUAUGCGCUGGUUGGUCUCUGGGGCGAUGAAGCAGGAUCGGGUCCUGAUACCAAUAUCCAUAGAAUAGAACAUCUGGACAAUGCCCGGCAACUUCUAGAGCCCUACGAAAAAAUCACUGAUUUUUACGUCAUGAGAUCCACAGAUGCUGCCAAGAAGUUUGAAAAGGGCUACUUUGACUAUGUCUAUAUUGAUGCCUCCGAUUAUUGUGCCAUAGCAGAAGAUAUUGACCACUAUUGGCCCACAUUGCGACCAGGUGGGAUCAUGGCAGGACAUGAUUUCGUGGAUGAACAAUACGUGAUGGAUCGACUGGGGUCUGACUGGCCCACCAAGUGUGAAAAUGGGAGUAAUCAACCCAGGUCUGCACGGGGGGCAGUGGAAGCUUUUGCAAAGAAACACAACUUGAAUAUCAAAACAACACAAGAGAAAAAUCCAACGUGGUUGAUUCAAAAACCCUAUUGAGUUAGAGCAACAAUCUGUCAUAGAUUCAAUUAUGCAAUUUCCAGCACUGCGAUGUUGUUCUAGUUUUCAAAGUCAAUCCACGCCAUUCUGUUAGGAGAGCAUCCGAUCAUGACAUGCAAAACAAAACAGUCCUGCAGGAUCCAGAUGGAUUGGUUCUUCAGUAGUAUCAUUGUAUCCAUCGAGGACUCCAAGAGGAUCCUUCUUGGUGGGAUACUGGGUACCCAAAAACAGUGAAAAUCAAGUUUGAGAAGAUCCACCUUGGGAGCUAACAGUAGCUGUGCUUCCUUGGGGCUUUUUGCUCUCAUGAGAUGAAUUGUAGCUAGCUAUUGAAUUAAAAUAAUGAAAACAAGAACUGAUUG